AUGAUGAAUAAUGAACGAAUUAAAAAAUUAAAAGAAAUUAGAAAUAAUUUAUCAAUAAAAAAAGAAAAUAAAAGAAAAACUUCCAUUGAAUAUUAUCGAAAUGAAGAAAUAAUGAAUUUCUCCUCCUCAUCUUGUUCAUCAUCCAUAAAUUCAAAUGAAUCAUUAAAUCAAACAAUUUUAUUUUUAUCUAAAGGAAAAUUAUGUAAAAAAUAUUUUAAUUGGGUUAAAAUUGGUAAAGAAGAAUGUGAAGUUAUUCGAAAUAAUCAAUCAAGUGUGAAUUUUACAUUUGUUUUUCUUUUUUUCUUAUAAAUAGAAUAAAUUUCUAUUAAAUCAAAUUCUGAUUACGUUGGAUAUGUUUUCGAAAGUACUAGAAAAACAGAAAAUAGGUCAUUUACGAAAAUUUACCUCCACCAUGCUCUUUCUUUCUUUCUUUCUUUGAUUCGUUCUCUCUACUUCACACAGU